AUGGCUCUUGCGACGACCGCUGCCCUCGCUGCUGGCGGAUGGGCCGCCGCCUCGUACCUGGAUGCCAAAUUCCAUUUCCGAAAAGACCUCGAAUUACUCCUGCGAUUGAAGAAAGGCGAAAAGGAAUAUGCCCGUGUCGUCAAAGAAGAUAAAGUCAGCCUUUUCUACGUACUCGAAGAGACCUGCAAGAAGAGAUGGAAUGAGGAGGCCAUCUGGUCCAGAGAAAGAGUAUACACCUAUGGUGAGCUCUACGAAAACACCAUUCGCUAUGCACAGUACAUGAUCAGCGAAGGCGUCAAACCGCAGGAGUUGGUUGCUAUGUACUUGACCAAUUCCCCUCACUUCAUGUUCAUCUGGUUUGCUACCAUGGCCAUUGGAGCUGCGCCAGCGUUCAUCAACUAUAAUCUAGAAGGAAAAGGUUUACUUCAUUGUCUCGAGGUCUGUCAGUCGCGAUUAAUCAUCGUGGAUGUCGACGAUGCGUGCCAACGGAGGGUAUACGAUAGCCGAACGGAAAUCGAAGCCAAGGGAAUGAAGAUCGUCAUUCUAGAUGACACUCUUAAAAAUCAGAUCAAUUCUCUUCCCGUCGAUCGUCCCGGUGACGAGUGGCGUAACGGCACGACCGGAGGCUUUCCUUGGACUCUGAUAUAUACAAGUGGUACCACGGGUCUUCCCAAAGGCUGUGCUUUCACUAUUCAGCGGGUUUGGGCAAUGUGUGCGCACUCGAUGACAACUUGUGAUUGCGUGCCAGGCGUGGAUCGCUGGUACAAUUCAAUGCCUCUGUAUCAUGGUACUGGCGCUAUUACAUCAGGUUCAUGUCUCCUGCAAGGUGUCAGCAUCGCAGUAGCACCCAAAUUUUCCGUCUCCAGAUUUUGGAACGAUAUCCACGAUUCCAAAUCGACCGGCUUCGUAUACGUUGGCGAGACCGCGCGAUACCUUUUGAAUGCGCCGCCUCAUCCCUUGGAGAGAGACCAUCAACUCCGCUUCGCAUACGGCAAUGGAUUACGACCCGAUGUCUGGGAGAAAUUCCAGGUGCGCUUCAAUGUUCCCGAGAUUGGUGAAUUCUUUAACUCCACCGAAGGUAUAUUUUCCUUGUUCAACCACGAUAAGGGCCCAUUCUUGAAAGCGUGUGUCGGCCACCAUGGAUUGCUGCUCCGGACGGCUCUACAUAACACGUACAUCCCCGUCCAAAUUGAUCAUGAUACGGGUGAUAUCUGGAGGGAUCCCAAAACGGGAUUUGCCCGGAGGGCGUCGUACGAAGAAGGAGGUGAGAUGAUUGUGGCGAUUCCCAACAAGGAAGCAUUUCAAGGAUACUGGCGUGCGCAGGCAGCGACGGACAAAAAAUACGUCAUGGAUGUCUUCAAAAAUGGCGACAUCUACUAUCGGUCUGGGGAUGCUCUGCGACGGGACGACGAAGGCCGCUGGCACUUCCUCGACCGACUCGGGGAUACCUUCCGGUGGAAAUCCGAGAACGUCUCGACGGCCGAAGUCGCCCUGACCAUCGGACAAUUCCCAGGCAUUGCAGAGGCCAAUGUCUACGGUGUGCUGGUGCCAAACCACGAGGGACGGGCAGGAUGCGCCGCCAUCGACCUGGACCCCAACUACACGGGCCCUGCGGUGGACUACAACGAGCUCCUGGCAUACAUCCGCACGCGCCUCCCACGCUACGCCGUGCCGGUCUUCCUGCGGCUGGUCAAAGCAAGCACACACAUCCACAAUCACAAGCAGAACAAAGUGCCCCUGCGGAAAGAAGGUGUCGACCCAGGCAAGGUCGGCACCGAGGCGCCUGAAGGUAAAGACGAUGUCUUCCUCUGGCUGCCUCCUAAGUCCGAUCGUUAUGUCCCCUUCCAGCCCAAGGACUGGGAGGCGCUCAGCAGCGGGCAGGCCCGAUUAUAG